CUUUCUCCCUGCUAAAGUAGGUUGCGGGUGGGAGGCGGCCGCUGCUCUUCUGCAGUGUUGGGAAGAUGGCGCCGCCGGUGACGGAACGGGGGCUGAAGAGCGUCGUGUGGCAGAAGAUAAAAGCAACAGUGUUUGAUGACUGCAAGAAAGAAGGCGAAUGGAAGAUAAUGCUUUUAGAUGAAUUUACCACUAAGCUUUUGGCAUCAUGUUGCAAAAUGACAGAUCUUCUAGCCGAGGGUAUAACUGUUGUGGAGAAUAUUUAUAAGAAUCGAGAACCUGUCAGACAAAUGAAAGCUCUUUAUUUUAUCUCUCCAACAUCAAAGUCUGUAGACUGUUUUUUACGUGAUUUUGCAAGUAAAUCUGAGAACAAAUACAAAGCAGCAUAUAUAUACUUCACUGACUUUUGCCCUGAUAGUCUCUUUAACAAAAUUAAAGCUUCUUGCUCCAAGUCAAUAAGAAGAUGUAAAGAAAUAAAUAUUUCCUUCAUUCCACUUGAAUCUCAGGUUUAUACUCUUGAUGUACCAGAUGCAUUCUAUUACUGUUACAGUCCAGACCCUAGUAAUGCAAAUGGAAAAGAUGCCAUUAUGGAAGAAAUGGCUGAGCAGAUAGUUACAGUGUGCGCUACCCUGGAUGAAAAUCCUGGAGUAAGAUACAAAAGCAAACCUCUAGAUAAUGCCAGUAAGCUUGCCCAGCUUGUUGAAAAAAAACUUGAAAACUACUACAAGAUUGACGAAAAGAGCCUAAUAAAGGGUAAAACUCAUUCCCAGCUCAUAAUAAUUGAUCGUGGCUUUGAUCCUGUGUCCACUGUCCUGCAUGAACUGACCUUUCAGGCAAUGGCAUAUGAUCUACUGCCAAUUGAGAAUGAUACAUACAAGACGUGUGGUUGUAGGAUUAGGGAAGAAUAUAGAAACAGAUACAAAACAGAUGGGAAGGAAAAGGAGGCAAUCCUUGAAGAAGAUGAUGACCUCUGGGUCAGAAUUCGACAUCGGCAUAUUGCAGUUGUAUUAGAGGAAAUUCCCAAACUAAUGAAGGAAAUUUCAUCAACGAAGAAAGCAACAGAAGGAAAGACAUCGCUUAGUGCUCUUGCCCAAUUGAUGAAAAAGAUGCCUCAUUUCCGUAAACAGAUUACUAAGCAAGUUGUCCAUCUUAACUUAGCAGAAGAUUGCAUGAAUAAAUUCAAGCCUAAUAUAGAAAAACUCUGCAAAAGUGAACAGGACCUGGCACUUGGAACUGAUGCAGAAGGACAGAAGGUGAAAGAUUCUAUGCGAGUACUUCUUCCAGUUCUACUCAACAAAAAUCAUGAUAAUUAUGAUAAAAUAAGAGCGAUUCUACUUUACAUCUUCAGUAUUAAUGGAACUACAGAAGAAAAUUUGGACAGGUUGAUCCAGAAUGUAAAGAUAGAAAAUGACAGCGACAUGAUCCGUAACUGGAGUUACCUUGGUGUUCCCAUUGUCCCCCCAUCUCAACAAAGCAAACCAUUAAGAAAGGAUAGGUCUACAGAAGAAACUUUUCAACUCUCUCGAUGGACACCUUUUAUCAAAGAUAUUUUGGAGGAUGCCAUUGAUAAUAGAUUAGAUUCAAAAGAAUGGCCAUAUUGUUCCCAGUAUCCAGCAGUAUGGAAUGGCUCAGGAGCUGUAAGUGCUCGCCAGAAACCCAGAACUAAUUACUUAGAGGACCGAAAAAAUGGGUCAAAGCUGAUUGUUUUUGUAAUCGGAGGAAUUACAUACUCUGAAAUGCGUUGUGCUUAUGAAGUUUCUCAGGCACAUAAAUCCUGUGAAGUUAUUAUUGGUUCUACGCAUAUUUUAACACCCAGAAAGCUUUUGGAUGAUAUAAAGAUGCUAAAUAAACCCAAGGAUAAAGUCUCCUUUAUUAAGGAUGAAUAAUGAUUUUUUUUUUUUUUUUGGAGAUUCUUAUUAACAUGUUCAACUAAAAUAA